AUGCUCUCUCUCGUCGCUGCCCGUGCUCAAUCACUAGUCCUCUUCGGCACCCUUCAGACAGGCCUCGCCUGCUACGUCUACUCUCAAUAUCAACCUUCGAGCAUGAUCGAAGGCCCUCUCCCCUCUGCAAUUCCCCGAGGCUCCCGCUUCGGCGCGCACGAGCAAUAUCCCACACACAUCGCGGAGACAAUGUCCAACUCGAAGGGGCAGAGCCCGUGCCUCGUUGCCUCCUUUCUCGAGGCGUCGUGCUUCCCACCAGACCCGACCGUGCGCGCGCUGGGCGAGGUGGGCGGGGCGUACGCGGGCCCCGCGAGCGCGGACGACGCGAACCCGUGCGUGUGCAGCACGGUCACGUACUCGCUCCUCGCUGCGUGCGCGCUGUGCCAGAGCGGCAGCAGCCCGAUUCCGAUUUCGUCGUGGCCGGUCUUCUCGCAGCAGUGCCCUGGGGAGAGCACCUUCGUCGGAGUGUUCACGCAACCGGUGUCGUCCGGCACGGAGAUCCCAGCGUGGCCGAAAGCUGCGCUGACGGACGCGGGCGCGUUCGACCCUGCCGCCGCCUUCGCGCUCGCAUUCAAAGCCAGCCAGUCCUCGUCCGCUUCUCUGGCGGCCUCUCGCUCACCCUCCCCCUUGCACCUCACCACGGGCGCUUCCCUAUCCUCCGUCCACUUCUCUGCACCAUCGAGCCUUGCCACCGCGACAUCCAUCUCAGGCGCUACCAGCCCUUCCAGUUCCGACUCGCAGAAGAAGUCGAACGCGGCCGCGAUCGCGGGCGGAGUUGUGGGAGGGGUGGUUCUCGUCCUGCUCGGGGGUGUGUUGCUGAUGUGCACGAUGCGGCGACGCGCCUGUCGCGCGAAGGGGCUAAACGGAACGGGGGGCGAGGCGGGGGUCUUGAGCCGGAGCAGGACGUUCGAGAGCGUGACCGUGCAAGAGCACGGCGUCGUAGCCAUGAAGGGAGGGGAAUGUGCAGAAUUUGCGGACAAGAAGGGGCAACGGGUUGUCGUGAGGCUGAACCUGAGGACGUAUCCGAGCCUUGCGGUUUACAAUCCCGACGACCCGGAGACAUUCCCUUCGCCCGAUCCACCACCCAAAGACGAGAAGAAACUGGGCAAGAGUCGGCGGAAGAAUCGCGGGUUAUUCCACGACCCUGCGAUCGUCGCUCUGGGGGUGACGCCGCAGUUCACGUAUUUUGGAAGGCCGGAAUUGUCGUGA